AUGUCCUUCCUACGAACGUUUCGUCCAAAUCUGAUUCUCAGUACCGCUCCACCAUCACCACACGGUGGAACUGAACGUGGGACGAUGCGUACCGGUACACCUUCUUCCAAGAGUGCUACGGCACCGGCAAAACCGGCAUCAAGUGGCAGUAGGAAAAACUCAACCUCAACCAGCCGUACAAUCACUGAAGAGCCCGACCGUGCGUCGUUUAUUAAUAAUGGACGACGUAGUAGCAGCAACAGUGUCGGAACGGUGCAGAAUCGCAGUGGAUCAAAGCAGCAGCAACAGCACGGUGGAUCAUCGUCUGGCCGAUAUGGGAAGGAAAAUCCGGCCCCGAUUGUGGUUUAUCUCGAUAAGCAACCGGACGGCAAAAAGCGUCCGACCAGCAUCCUGCGCACGAACACCUUCACACGCCAUGAUGACGAAGUGCCGGAACGUGUCCGGCAGGCAGUCACACGCAGCGAAACCUUUACGAUCAACGAGACGAACGAUGAGCCGACGAUCAAUACCGGUACCUACACCAGACCGGCAAAAAUCCUGGCCCCUGCAACGACGGACGUGUUUGAGCCACUGUACGCGAAAAACAUUUCCCUAAGCUCGCAGGAGCAACUUCCAGUAGUGGUUGAUUCGCGCACCUAUCGUAAAAAAUCCUUCAAAACCUCUAAACCGGUACAGAAGGUGGAAAGCUUUAUCAAGCGCUUCGAACGAACGCUCUUUAGCAAGGGCACUGGAAACGAUUCCAAACGGCACGGCAGUUCACGCAAAGGUUCCAACGCGUCGGAAGUGACGAUCGUGCCCGCACCCCGGUUCCGUGACGUCGGCAUUAACUGUAAGCUGGAUGAGGAGGAAAAGUUUAAAGCAAAACUUGAAGCGAUGAAGCAAUCACGCCAAAGUUCGCGCGAUUCGCUCAUCAACCACCGGGAGCGUAGUUUGUCACCCGGCAAGCAGCGAUACUUUACAUCCGGCACGUACGAUCGGCGAUCAUCCUCUUCCCUGUCGGUGCAACCGCUGAAAGAGGACGGCAACAGCUAUACUAGUGGUCGGGAAAGCACGACACCUCCACUGCAGAUGACUUCUUCCCCAGGGAAUCGUUCCACACUGUACAAACCGACCGAAAGUAGCUUCCUGAAAAGCCGGCAGAAAGAAAUCGAAAUGGGUUACAGUGUGGUUAAUAAACGGCAACCGGGGUUUUACCUUUCGGGUGGCCGCGAUGCGCUCGAGGAACGACCCGUUAGCAACAGCCGCGAGCGGCACUACAGCAAUCAUCAGGACAAAUCAUCCCGCCGGGAUACUUACCAAACGCUAAAGGAUGAGUACGAACGACAGCAGGCACACGCUGCCACCAAACCGGUCGGAAUCGCUAGUCCACGGAUGAGUGCGAUACGUACAUCCACAGUGGACGUCCCACAGUCACCACUAGCGAUCCGCAAAGACUCGCAACCGGACCUACCGAAGUACACAUUUGGGACGACGGAUCUGCAGCAGCGCCGUAGCCGCUUCCAGCAGUUUCAAAAAUCUUUCAAACGGAUGGAUGACAGUGCGUCCGAGGUGUCGGUGCAGCAGAGUUUCUUCGUACCUAUUUAAGA